GCCACAACAUUCUUCUCUGAACUAAAUACGGCUCUAAACGGUUCUAUACGAUAACUGUUAAUGGAUACAUAAGAUUCACGGAUUUUGGACGAUUUUAAAUCAUUAUAGUUCAUGAACAUUUCAAGAAAUCUUUGUCCAUAUAAACCACACACCUAAUCGCUUUCGACAACACCCACGUGCCAAUACCAACCCAGAUAUCAAAGAUGCCGCGCAUGCGAGUUCGAGGACCCGAAGGGACAUCCACCAUAACUCUUCCCGACGAUGCAAAAAUCAGUGAUCUUAUAUCCGAGAUCACCUUGAAGACAUCUCUCUCGAAUUUCGAUAUUAAAUAUGGUUACCCUCCAAAACCGCUUCUCCUUUCUCAGAGCGAGCCUUCAUUACCUCUGAGCAAGUUGAACGUCAAGUUGAAUGGCGAACAACUUACCAUCAGUUCGAGAGAAGAACGGAGAUCUGGGGGAUCGCCAAAGUCGACUUCCCCUUCUAAUUCCAAAGCCUCAUCUGUCCCUCCUCAAGUAAAAGAUAGACAAACCGCAGAGGCAAAGUCAUUUUCUUUCUCUGGUAUGCAUGGUGAUGCGAAAAACACAUCGAAUUCUGCACCUCCUGUGUCUCUUUCGCGUAAGAGAGGUAUCGAUGGAGAUGUGCCUGAGAUUCCAAUUCCGGAACUUCAGGCUACACUUGUUCUCCGUGUCAUGCCAGACGAUAAUUCAUGUCUUUUCCGGGCUUUUGGAACGGCAGUCCUUCCUGGUGAUGACCUUUCUAUGCCUGAGCUUCGAUCCGUCGUUGCUUCUACUAUUCAAGGCAAGCCCGAACUUUAUAGCAAAGUUGUAUUAGAACAAGAACCCGAUGACUACUGUCGCUGGAUUCAAACCUCUGAUGCUUGGGGCGGAGCUAUUGAGAUGGGCAUUUUGGCCGAGGCCUUUGGUAUAGAAGUUGUUUGUAUCGAUGUUCAAUCCCUCUCCGUCCACAAAUUUCACGAAUCCGGCUCUAAUAACAGAUGUGUCCUGGUCUAUUCUGGAAUCCACUAUGACAUGCUAGCCCUUUCCCCCUUCUCCUCAACCCCCGAAAAUGACAUUCGAGUUUUCGACAAGUCCGACGAUACCAUAAUAGCCAAGGCGGUAGAAUUAUGCUCAAAAUUAAGAGAAAAGCAUUAUUAUACUGAUACAGGAGGGAUGGCUAUCAAGUGUAAAGAUUGUGGCGUGAUUAUCCAUGGGGAAACGCAAGCGGCAGCUCAUGCGCAGCAGUUGGGUCAUUACAACAUGGCUGAGGUUGAUACUUGAGUCUGUGGUUGUAGUCACGAUUAUGACGUGGUCGGAUUCGAGGAGACCGAAUGAUAAAUUUACAGACGAAUAUGCUCAGCUCGUACAACUCGUAAAUAUCAGCUACCGUAAAGAUAAUCGACUAGCUACUCACCAGCUGAAUGUCCACGCGAAGGGGGGAUUCCAAAUAAAUCCAGCUAGAUCUGAGUGGAUGGGACAUUCCCAAAGGUUAGAAACUUGAUAGAUUUGAAGAUGGAAAAUAUGGUACACACAUGGCCUACCUAUCUAGUGCAUACCCAGUUCGGCUCCUGCCAAGCAGAGCUCAUGCCAAUAACUUUUACUGCCUCAUUAAACUUCACAUCAUCAAGUUAUAUAUAUCAUUUUCUCAUCACUGUAACAUAGCAGUGAUAGAAUCGUUAAUGAGAUAAACCAUCCAAAUAUACCUACUUAUCACUCCAAUCUCUCUUCAAUUUAUGACCAUGACCCAAUUCUAGCAGAACAGAGUACCUCUCUAAACUCAUAACAAAGUACCCAUUUGCAAUAUCAAAUUGUAGGCCCGUGGAAGGAACAAGCUCGAGCAUCGUGGUUUUUCCUCGUUUGGAAUUUACGUACUUGAAUUGAGAGUCAGUGGGCA